AUAUCAGUAUAAAUAUGCGAGCGCUCCCCAGCUCUGAGACCCUUCUCCUCUCCACUCGUAACUGAUAAGGAGACCAACAUCUACAAUGGCCAGAUCCACCAACAAAAUGAACAAGUGCUCCAGAGGACAUCCAAGCCCAAUCUCCAGAAAGAAAUCACAUUCCAGCACCAACUUUGGCCAUAGAAACUAUUCACGCUACGUAAGCAGGGUCCUAAAGGAAGUGGUUCCCCAGAAGGGCAUAUCGUCUCACACCUUGGACGUCAUGAACACCCUGAUCAACGACUCCUUUGACCGCAUUUCUAUGGAAGCCUGCAGCGUAAUGAAUCUCCGGAAUCGCUGUACCCUCACCCCUGAAGAUAUCCAGAAGGCAGUGUACUUGAUGUUUCCUGAGACUCUCGCGAAGUAUGCAGUGACUUUUGGAAGCGAAGCUGUCCACAGAUAUGUCCACUCCUAAACUCCACGUGCCAGCCUAAUUGACUCCUGGGGAAAGUAAAUCAAACUUACUACCCGAA